AUGUCGCUUUACAAUGCGAGUCUCCGUGGCUCGCUGGACGAUCCCACACCGGCUUACGACGAUGUAGCUAGCGUGAGUAGGAGUAAUACCACUUCAUCGAACGGCUCAGCGGGAAGCAGCAUAAGGUGGCAGAUACUUGAGGACCCUGUCAAUAGGCAGCUUCACUCGACGCCUCGCCGCAUCAUGUCACCACGCAACUCGCGGACGGAACGAUUUCAAUACACAUACUGCCUCAUUGCUGGUGCUGCGCCCCUCCAAUUCAUUAUUUCAGUCGAACCUCUCGGUGGAAAAGGAUUACCAGGAAGAUACACGUUCCGACUAUCAUUAAAAGUGGACAAAACAGAACGGCCUCUCGAUGAACCUAUCAUCCUAAACCUAUCGGUAGACCCCCGACAGUUACAGUUCGUGGUCUUCGUUUUCCCAGGAAAGUCGAGCCUACCUGUUGGUUGUCUAUGGUCUUAUCGAGUGUGGUUGAGAGUUAACGGGGUGGAUCAUCGGCUGUUUGGAGAUGAUGAGUUAUGGGUUGGGAAGGAUCCUGAUUUCAGUUCAGUAGCUGAUGCCUCGUAUGCUCGGCUCAAAUCCGUCGGGUCCAAUUCUCAGCUGUACGAAGGGGUUGUUGGCGGGGCACGUGUACAGUUCAUUUUCAGAUGGCAGCAUCUUGGGGAAGGGUUAUACAAAUAUUGCUUGGAUUACGAGGCUUCGGGCGUGGGCGGCCCUCUGAUCGAGGAUUUCCGUUUAAUCCUUCAGGGUGACCCACGGAACACGACCUUUCUCAUAUAUACGGUUCCGAUGAACUCCAUACCGGCAGGUGCUUCCCACCGACUGCGUGUCUGGCUGAAGACAAUGCUUCCCCUUCCCACCGAAAGUGGCGCAGACGUCUACCCAUUCAACGACUCUUACAUCUAUCAACGAAUACAUAAAUCGGACUCACUCAAGAUAGGAUCCUGUUUGGACUUCAACUCUGUAGGGUCCAAAAUGGUGAUGGGUUAUGCAGCGGGACCUCCAAAAACAUUGACCGUUUCCCAUCAGCGGGAUUCAAGAUACGACUCGAAACCUACAGUUCACGUUGGUUGA